AGUUAAUGUUGCCUUGUUGCAGGGUCGUAUCAUGCAGCUGCAAAUACUUAAUUGGCGACGGGCAGCCCUGGCCGAGGGGCAUUUCCUGCAGAGCUAAGCUCUCUCUUUCCUCCUCUCCACAACUCAUCCCUCACACAGUCAGACUGCAUCACAUCACUCACCAUGGGCCAUAAGAAGAUCCGUACGGCGCUCACAGUUGAUCUUGACAAACCCGCCUGGGAGCAGCCUGGCCUACACAACCGAUGGCAUCCGGACGUCCCUGCUUGCGGCAAAAUCGCCAACAAUGAAGUUGUCAAGAUUGAAUGUCUCGACUGGACCGGGGGUCAGAUCAAAAACAACGACUCCGCCGACGAUGUCAAGAACGUCGAUCUGACCCAGAUCCAUUACCUAUCGGGUCCCUUUGAGAUCGAAACAGCUGAGCCGGGAGACGUUUUGCUUGUGGAGAUUCAAGAUGUCCAGCCCUUCGAGGAUCACCCCUGGGGUUUCACGGGGAUCUUUGACAAGAACAAUGGCGGCGGGUUCCUCGACGAAAUCUAUCCAAAAGCAGCCAAGGCUAUCUGGGACUUCGAGGGCAUCUUCUGCUCGUCGCGACACAUUCCUCACGUACGCUUCGCCGGGUUGAUACAUCCUGGGAUCCUGGGCUGCGCGCCGUCCGCUGAGAUUCUAGCGGAGUGGAACCGCCGUGAGGGGGAGUUAAUCGCGGCGAGUACUCAUCUUCAACGUGAUGUUGCGAAGCCUCCGGAGCCGAAAAAUGCACAUGCGGGCAGUGCGGAUGAGACCUUGAAGGCCAAGAUCGCUCGAGAAGGGGCAAGAACGAUCCCGGGUCGCCCUGAACACGGCGGCAACUGUGAUAUCAAGAACCUCUCCCGCGGUUCCAAGGUCUACCUCCCUGUGCACGUUCCCGGCGCGAAGUUCUCCGUCGGCGAUCUGCACUUCUCGCAGGGCGACGGAGAGAUCUCCUUCUGCGGUGCCAUCGAGAUGGCCGGUGUGAUUACACUCAAGUUUACUGUGCUCAAGGGCGGGAUGGCCAAGAUGCGCAUGAGAUCCCCGAUUUUCCACCCUGGCCCCGUGGAGCCGCAGUUUGGACCGGGCCGGUAUCUGACGUUUGAGGGAUUCUCGGUCGAUGAGAAUGGGAAGCAGCAUUACCUGGAUGCGACGGUCGCCUACCGUCAGACCUGCCUGCGGGUGAUUGAGUACCUUCGUCGGUAUGGGUAUGAUGACUACCAGAUCUAUCUGCUGUUGAGUUGCGCCCCCGUGCAGGGGCACAUCGCUGGUCUGGUAGAUAUUCCCAACGCUUGCACGACGUUGGGAGUACCCAUGGAUAUAUUCGACUUUGAUAUCCGGCCAGAAGGAGACGUGGUGCAACUAGAUAUGGGAAGCUGUGCAUUCGAAAGCGAGUAAUUAGCUUUAGCACCUGAUCACAUACAGGAGUACUGGGUCAGCGGGACCCCGCUGGUGGACGGUCUAGAAGAACAGAAAUUACAACCCAACGCAUCUCCCUUCCA